CCAUGCAGCUCACGUCAAGCAUUUCCAGGCUUCAGUUCCUCUCCUGUGUGCAUGUGUGCUUUGCAAACGCUAGGUGGUCCUAGGUCAAGGUCAAGGUAUCUCAGCUCUGAUGUCAUUUAAUUUGAGACGCUGUCAAUGGUGGAGAAAAGAUGGCCCUCACAUCUGGCGACAGAGGCAGGUGUAGUGAGGAGCCCCACAGGUGCGCUAACUCCGCCCACCAGCCCCCUGCCUGCGCGGGAUCUACAGACCUACCGAACUUCAAGCUCCUGCAAGACCUGGCGUCGGCACAACAGAUGUCUGCUGAGGAGGACCCACGAGCCCUGAGACGGCGGGAACGGAAUCGACUGGCAGCCGCCCGGUGUAGGGAGAGGCGGAGGGAACGGGCAGAGUUCCUUCGAAAGGAAACACUUCAGCUUGAAAAUAGGAACCAAAGUCUGCGAGCCAACAUCAGCAGGCUACGCCGGGAACGAGAGCGUCUGAAACAGGUGCUUUCAAGUCACAUGACCACCCACCACGGAGAGGGGACGCCCCCUGUCUCGUCAGGCGGCGGAGUGACCCAUGACGGAGGGGGCUUCCCCCAAGCGGCUCCCGGGGGACAGGGGGUGCCUACUCUGGAGAAGGCGCAUUUGCAAUGAUGUAUGACGUGGAUAACUACUUAUCCAUGGAAAGGUCUCCAUCGGUACUGGAUGGCAGGGGUGUUUCUCUGGGAAACGUGACACAUGACCUUCUGCACCAGCCAAUCAUGCCCCUCUCCGAGUCACGUCAUCGAACUAACGAACAAACAAACUGCUAAUACCUUUGCUCAUCAUAUCGAGUGAGGUUUGUGUUUCGUCUGAUGUGAAGCGUGAAAAGUACAUGUUAUACUUAAAGUUAACAUCGACUAAAACGGUGUGAGUUUAAUAUAUCAUGCUAGCGUUACAUACUAGUGUAUAAGGCUGAGAGAAGCCUCCGCGUCUCCAGCUGUUUAUGUCAUAAUCAUACGUUCAAACAUAUUCAUAUUUCAGUUUCAUGACGUUGUGUCGUUAUAGAAAUCUAUUAUCACAAGAAAUGAAACUAGAUGAAUUUUCUUAUAUGAAGCUAGAACAAUGUAUAGUCCGCAGUUGGUGUUUUGUUAGUGUUUUGUUACAGUUUGGAAUUGUUUUUAGCCAAAGUAAUAUCGAAAUCAGAUAUACGCAUGCGUGGUUUCUAUUCCACGUUUUCUGUUCAAACCGUCCUUCUAACCACAUUUGAUCCACACACAAGAAGUCCUCUAGAUCAAUUUUGCUGUCGGGAAGAACAUGGAAGGAAAUAUGAGGUGAACCGAGCCGAAAUGUAAUUUGAAUUGGCCCUAUGUAAUGUAAUGAAAUGACGAACGUUUGACCAUCCAAACAGGAAUCGCGGGAUUAGCGUUAUAACAGUUACAUGUUUACUGGGAAUAAGACGUUAGCUUGAUACCACAAACACACUGCCUAUAUACGCAGCUAAUACAGCGAACAUGAUGAUAGCUGAUUUCGUCACGAUACUAGUAUAGAAUAACUUUAUUGAGACGGUGGCUACUAAUAUUUUCUGUGCAAAUCACUGAUUCUGUAAACCAUGUCGCAAUUAAUGAUGGCCGUUUCCAUCUCCACGUGAAUCAUGCCUUAUUACAGAAGUCUGUUAUUUCAGUAGAACGAAAGUCUGUAGACGUUGUUCAGUCAUGAUGAUUGGCGGCUUCCCGGGAAGGAAUCCUUCACGUACCGCCUUCCAGGAAACUGGUCUUGGGGAUGUGAUUGGUCAUGCAAGUUGUAUCGUUUUCACUUUUAAUAGAACUGUUUGUAUUGUAAACAUGAGGAAGUCGGAACUGAUACUAAAGCUAGUUCUGUACAAUUUCUUCCUGUUUGCCGUAACUUACCUGCACUUUGAGACAUGUCCGCACGGCGGCUCUUUUUCGAUGACGAAAUAUCAAAGCCUGAGGUUUAGCGUCAGAUUGUCCAUAUACACUGUUGCGAUUUGUUUUAAUGUUGGAACAAAACUCAUAUCACGACGGAGCCGUAUGAUAUUUGAUUUGCACAGACAGAACGAUUAAAAAGUCUCAUAAAACGGUAUAUCGUUGUCAUUUGACUGUCCAAGCCGCAUUGAUAUACCUGUACGG